ACGAAGUGCAAUUUGUCCCGUUGUCAUUGAGUAAAGGCAAACAAGAAGCUCCAUGGCCCAGUAUCACAUGCAUAUUGUUUUGUCUCCCUAUUUUACCUCCCUCUGCUCAGUAGCCACUGUGGACUCCACCAUUUUAUACUGCCAUGUGCCAAGCUUAGAAAACUCUCAUCAGUUUUCUGUAUUUUACAAAGAAAACAUACAUUUUCCAGUACAGUGUAGCCAAUGGGUGUAUAGGCAUUUGCCCUACAAAGUUACAAGGCAGGGUCUAGUUGUAACCAUAUAACGAUCAGAGAAGCUGAAUUGUGAAGUGGGUACAUUUCUGAUCAGAGAGAAAGCAAUUAUUCAGCUGUACUCUUGUUGUCUGGUGCCUACGGUACAGUAUCCUUGAAGAGUGUCCAAAGGACACAGAUUUUAAUAAUGGCAUCUGAUGUUUUGGGUCACUGAACAUUUGAUUGUUUUCAAGAGGAUUUUAAAGCAGCAAUAAUGGGGAAGUGGGUGAGCAUGAGGAUGGGAUUGAUGUUAGUAGGAAUUGUUGCUGCUGUAUUGCAUCUGAUUCCGGUCAAAGCUGAGGUGUAUAUUGUUACAGUUGAAGGAGAUCCUGUGGUAGGCUACACAGGCUCCAUUCCUGGGUUCGAGGCGACUGCUGUAUCCGGUGGCAAGAUUGAUGCAACAAGUGAAGCCGUCAAAUCCUAUUCCCAACACUUGGCGUUGCAGCAUGAUAAGCUUCUAGAUGAACUCUUCAACACAGACAGCUACAAAAAACUCUACAGCUACCGACAUAUCAUCAAUGGCUUUGCUGUGCAAAUGUCAGCGGAUCAGGCAGAGAGAUUAAGGAAAUCGCCACGGGUAAAACAUGUUCAGAAGGACUGGAAAGUUAAAAGAUUGACAACCCAUACCCCAGAGUUUCUGGGCCUUCCAACAACAGUGUGGCCAAGUGGAGGAGGCGAACAGAAAGCAGGAGAGGGGAUUGUGAUUGGUAUAAUUGAUACAGGGAUUUAUCCUCAACAUCCAAGCUUUGCAGUGCACAAUUUGUCCCAUUUUGGGCCUGUUCCUGGUUACACAGGAAAAUGUGAGGUUGACCCCAGUACUAAUAGGAAUUUCUGUAAUGGAAAGAUUGUUGGGGCUCAGCAUUUUGCAUCUGCUGCAAUUGCAGCAGGGUCAUUCAACCCUUCGAUUGAUUUUGCUUCGCCUCUAGAUGGGGAUGGGCAUGGAAGUCACACAGCCGCAACAGCAGCAGGGAAUUAUGGAAUACGAGUGAGAAUGCAUGGUUAUGAAUUUGGAAAGGCAAGUGGAAUGGCUCCUAGGGCACGUAUUGCUGUCUACAAGGCCUUAUACCGGCAAUUUGGAGGUUUUGUUGCUGAUGUGGUGGCAGCCAUUGAUCAGGCUGUAGAAGACGGUGUUGAUGUUUUGAACCUCUCUGUUGGACCAAACAGUCCUCCUGCAUCUGGAAAGACUACAUUCCUCAAUCCUUUUGAUGUUGCCCUUCUUUAUGCUGUCAAAGCAGGAGUAUUUGUAGUACAGGCAGCAGGAAAUGGCGGUCCAUUUCCCAAAUCUAUGGUGUCAUUCAGCCCAUGGAUAACCUCUGUUGCGGCUGGUGUGGAUGAUCGAAGCUAUGAAAAUAUGGUUUUUCUAGAAAAUGGAAAAAGCAUUCCAGGGAUUGGUCUUGCGCCUCCAACACGAAAAGACAAGUCAUACACCCUAGUUGCAGCAAACGAUGCCAUGUUAAAUACUUCUGAUAUAAUGUUCAAUCCAUUUGACUGCCAAAGGCCUGAGGUUCUGAACAAGGCUCUUAUUCAGGGCAACAUUUUAGUCUGUGGGUACUCAUACAAUUUUGUAUUCGGUGGUGCAUGUGUGAGACGUGUGGCAGAAACAGCUAGGAGUUUAAGCGCAGCUGGUUUUAUUCUAGUUGUGGAGACUGUUUCACCAGGAGCUAAAUUUGAUCCAGUUCCAGUUGCAGUUCCAGGAAUUGUUAUAACUGAAACAGACAAAUCAUCGGUUCUUAUAGAUUAUUAUAAUAGAUCGACAAUAAGGGAUGCGUCAGGUCAAGUCACAAGCUUUAGAGCGAAAGCUAUGAUAGGAAAUGGGCUGACUCCUAAAUUCCAAAGCGCAGCCCCUCAAGUGGCCGUUUAUUCUUCGAGAGGACCAGAUGUAAUGGAUUAUAGUUAUGAGGAUACUGAUGUUCUAAAGCCAGACAUUCUGGCUCCAGGUUCUCUAAUAUGGGCCGCGUGGACUCCAAAUGGGACUGAUGAGGCUAAUUAUCAAGGAGAAGGAUUUGCAAUGAUAUCAGGAACAAGCAUGGCAGCACCUCACAUAGCUGGCAUUGCAGCUUUGAUCAAGCAGAAGCAUCCUGAAUGGAGCCCAACUGCCAUCAAGUCAGCAUUACAAACAACAUCUACAGUUGUAGACCACAAGGGAAAUCCCAUACAAGCACAACAUCUUUCUGAUGCAGGUGUUCCAGUACUUGUACCGGCCACACCAUUCGAUUAUGGAAGUGGUGCAGUGAAUCCUAAAGGAGCUCUUGAUCCAGGGCUCAUUUUUGAUGCAGGAUAUGAAGAUUAUGUCAGCUUCCUCUGUUCUGUUACAGGCAUUGAUAAAGGCCAAGUUUCCAAUAUUACUGGUUCGGUAUGUGGCCCAAAAUCGGGGCACCCAACUGAUCUUAACACACCAUCCAUAGCAUUAUCUAAUCUUGUUGGAUCUCAGAUCAUAUUGAGAAAAGUCACUAAUGUGGCGCAAAAAGAAACAUACAAACUAUCCAGCUCAAUGCCACCAGACAUUUCUUUGACUAUAGAACCUUCAGUACUGAUUAUGGAAGUAGGUCAGACCAAAUCAUUUUCAGUCACACUAUCUUCCAAACUUCCCACUGGAAGUUAUAGCUUUGGUGAAAUUCUAUUCCAAGGAGACAAAGGUCACCUAGUGAGAAUGCCUGUAGCAGUAUUAGCGAAGUAUCCUAAUUAAUGAGCCUUAAGCAGUGUAUUUUAGGUUCAUCAAUUUAUAUUUUUGUAGGCUAUAUUAUUCUUUGUAGUAAUUUUAAUAAGUUUAGAAUUUUUACUAAAGUGGAAGAAGUGAGGAGCAACUCAGCUCCUCUCCUCUUUGAAAAUAGGCAUCAAGAAUCUUUUUGGAGCUGGGAGAGAAAAUAUUUAUUUACUAUUUUCUGUGCUUCAGAAAUAUAGAUGUAACUAUGCAGUUACAGAAUAAUUGUCUGUGAACAAUUGGUGUCUGUAUUUUGAUUGAUUUAUCUUGUGGGAGCACCAUGGAGCACCACUGCCUUUUACGUACGUGUAUACAAAAAAGGUUCUAUUCUAUAAUAGGUAUCCUAAGCAAUGAAUUUUUCCCACCAA